AUGCACCGUCUGUCGACCACAUCAUCAAGGUCUCUCCGCCGUGCCGCCGCCAAGGCUGCGAAGCCCACCAUUACCCGUGGUGCACACAAGGAGAUCAAGUUCUCGAACGAGGGCAGAGCAAGCAUUCUCAAGGGCGUCGACGUCCUCGCAAAUGCCGUGCAGGUCACUUUGGGCCCCAAGGGUCGCAACGUCAUCAUUGAGCAGUCGUUCGGCGGACCAAAAAUUACCAAGGAUGGUGUCACGGUAGCGAAGGCUAUUACGCUGAAGGACAAGUUCGAGAACCUUGGUGCUCGUCUCGUGCAAGACGUUGCCCAAAAAACGAACGAAGUCGCUGGUGACGGUACAACAACAGCGACUGUCCUGGCUCGUGCCAUCUACUCCGAAGGUGUCAAGAACGUCGCUGCUGGAUGCAACCCCAUGGACCUCGCCGAGACCAUCACCACUACCGCCGAAAUUGCCCAGGUCGCCACCAUCUCCGCCAACGGCGACACGCACGUCGGCAACCUGAUCGCUCAGGCCAUGGAGAAGGUCGGCAAGGAGGGUGUCAUCACCGUGAAGGAGGGUCGGACUAUCGAUGAUGAGAUUGAGAUCACGGAGGGCAUGCGCUUCGACCGUGGUUUCAUCUCUCCUUAUUUCGUCACGGACGUCAAGUCGCAGAAGGUCGAAUUCGAGAAGCCUUUGAUCCUCCUCUCGGAGAAGAAGAUCUCGGCGUUGCAGGACAUCCUUCCCACUCUCGAGAUUGCCGCCCAGAGCCGUCGCCCCCUCGUCAUCAUCGCGGAGGACGUCGAUGGUGAAGCUCUCGCCGCCUGCAUCCUCAAUAAGCUCCGUGGUCAGCUCCAAGUCGUCGCCAUCAAGGCACCUGGCUUCGGCGACAACCGCAAGUCCAUCCUCGGCGAUCUCGCCAUCCUUACCGGCGGCACCGUCUUCACACAAGAGCUAGACAUCAAACUCGAGCGUGCCACCAUCGACCUGCUCGGUUCGACUGGCUCCAUCACCAUCACGAAAGACGACACCAUCGUUCUUAAUGGCGAGGGCUCGAAGGAUGCCAUCGUUGCCCGCUGCGAGCAGCUUCGCUCGCUCAUUGCUGACCAGACCACCUCCGAGUUCGAUCGCUCGAAACUCCAGGAGCGUCUUGCGAAGCUCUCGGGUGGUGUUGCCGUCAUCAAGGUCGGAGGUGCAUCUGAGGUUGAGGUCGGAGAGAAGAAGGACCGAUAUGAUGAUGCCCUCAAUGCUACCCGCGCUGCCGUCGAGGAAGGUAUCCUGCCCGGAGGUGGUGUCGCGUUACUCAAAGCCUCUCUCCAACUUGCCACUUCCUCUCCAAGCUCCGGCGCCGGCUCAUCUUCCGCCCCCGUCUCGCCUGACGCCAAACCUAUCCCCACCGCCAACUUCGACCAGGAGCUCGGUGUUACCAUCAUCCGCCGCGCCGUCACUGGUCCCGCCCGUGCCAUCCUCAACAACGCCGGCGAAGAGUCCUCCGUCAUCGUCGGCACUCUACUCUCGCAGUACGGAACCCCCGACAAGUUCGCCUGGGGCUAUGACGCGGCGAAGGGCGAGUACGUUGACAUGAUCAAGGCAGGUAUUGUGGACCCGCUGAAGGUUGUGCGGACGGCGCUGGUGGACGCGAGUGGUGUGGCAAGUCUGUUGACGACGAGCGAGGCUUGUGUGGUCGAGGCCCUGAUGAGGAGAAGGGCCCAGCGGGUGGUAUGGGUGGUAUGGGAGGCAUGGGCGGUAUGGGUGGAUUCUAAACGCUUGAUCGCCGACGUCGUCGAGGAUUGGGGCUUGGACUGCCGCCAGCCUGUAUGUUCGUUGGACGAGGAGGUAAUGAGAACGUAUGCAUGUGAGAGGAGGUAA